AUGUCCGAUCACUCCGCCGAUCUUCCUGCCGCCGCCGCCGCUCUUAGCGCUGAAGAUCGUGCUGGUCUCGUUAAUGCACUCAAAGAUAAACUUCAGCUCUUGGCUGGGGAGCAUGUGGAUAUCUUGGAAACACUGUCACCAAAAGUCAAGCAACGUGUUGAGGUUCUUAAAGUUUUGCAGAGUGAACAUGAUGAGCUGGAGACUAAGUUCUUAGAGGAGCGAGCUCAGUUGGAAGCUAAAUACCAGAAGCUUUAUGAACCACUUUAUACUAAGAGAUAUGAGAUUGUCAAUGGUGUUAUUGAGGUUGAAGGAAUAACAGAUGAAACAGUACUCGGAGAAGAAAACAAAGCAGCCGAAGAGAAAGGAGUGCCUAACUUUUGGCUAACUGCAUUGAAGACUCAUGAAACACUGGCCGGAGAGAUUACUGAACGUGAUGAGGAGGCCCUCAAGUAUCUCAAAGAUAUCAAGUGGUGUAAAAUUAACAAUCCUAAGGGUUUCAAGCUGGACUUUCAUUUUGAUUCUAAUCCUUAUUUCCGGAAUUCUGUGCUGACAAAAACAUAUCACAUGAUUGAAGAUGAUGAUCCUAUAUUAGAGAAAUCAAUUGGAACGAUAAUUGAGUGGAAUCUAGGAAAGUGCUUGACACAAAAGGUUCUGAAGAAGAAGCCAAAGAAAGGAUCAAAAAAUGACAAACCAAUCAUAAAAACUGAAAAAUGUGAAAGUUUUUUCAACUUUUUCAACCCUCCCCAAAUUCCUGAGGAUGAUGAUGAAAUUGAUGACGAUAUUGUUGAAGAGCUUCAGAAUUUGAUGGAACAUGAUUAUGACAUUGGUUCUACAAUACGAGACAAAAUUAUUCCUCAUGCUGUGUCAUGGUUCACGGGAGAGGCUGUAGAGAGUGAUUUUGAGGACACAGAUGGAGAUGGAGAUGAAGAUGAAGAGAAUGAUGAAGAGAAUGAUGAAGAGGAUGAUGAAGAGGACGAGGAUGACGAUGAUGACGAUGACGAGGAGGAGGAGGAAGAAGAUGAAGGGAAGGGGAAAAGCAAGAGCAAGGUUGGUUACACUGAGUACCCUCCUGAUUGCAAGCCGCAGUAG